AUGGAAAAUAUCAAAAAGGCUGAUGAUGUGGAUAAUCCGACUGCAGAUGGAAAUCUAUUGCAACAACCAAAACUUAAAACUACCGUAACAAGUAACCCACUAAUGAAAGUACGUACUUACGUGUUGGCACUUCGGCCGUGGUCACUCAGUGGAAGCUUAUUACCAACACUACUAGGAGCAGCGCUAGCUUAUCGUCUCCCAGGAGAAAGUGGAUUUAGUUGGGUCACAUUACUGCUCACGUUGUGCACAAUUAUUCCAGUACAUGGGGCCGGCAAUGUUGUUAAUACUUAUUUUGAUUUUGUCAAAGGAAUAGAUAACCGUAAAUCAGACGACAGGACUUUGGUUGAUCAUAUAUUAAGCAUAGAUGAAGUUGUGUCCCUUGGAGCUAUACUUUAUAUGGCUGGAUGUGUGUUUUUUGUGUUGUUAGUUAUAAUGUCACCAGCUAGAAUGGAACAUUUAGCUCUAGUGUAUUUUGGAGGCUUAUCAUCUUCAUUUUUGUAUACUGGGGGUAUUGGAUUAAAGUAUAUUGCUCUGGGGGAUAUUAUAGUUCUAGUCAUAUUUGGACCUGUGUCUGUGGUGUUUGCUUUCCUUGCUCAGACAGGAAGAGUUGACUGGCCUAUUUUUUACUAUGCGAUACCAUUGGCUCUAAAUACAGAGGCUAUACUGCAUAGCAAUAAUACGAGGGACCUAGAAGCUGACAGUAAAGCAGAAAUUGUCACUCUUGCUAUUCUAAUUGGAAGAACAGCAUCUCAUUUAUUAUAUGCAUUUUUACUAUUUACUCCAUACAUCAUGUUUGUAGUUGCUUCAGUUCGCUGUUCCUUAUGGUUUUUAUUGCCAAUGCUCACUCUACCUCGUGCAUUUGAAAUUGAAAGAAGAUUUAGAUGUCCAGAAUCUAUGCAAUAUGUUCCCAGACAAACUGCUAGACUUAAUUUCUAUUUUGGAAUGUUAUAUAUGAUUUCAUGUCUAUUUGCUAAUAAACUACCGUUCCUUUUGAGGUAAUAAAAAAAUGUAUUCAUUUGAUAGUAAUGUUUUAAUGGACAUACUGUAAUAUUUUUUAUGUACUUACUGAUUUUUUAGUCUCAUAAAAAUUUACUUCGAAGAUUGUUGUGAUGUCAUUUUUUAAAUAAUUACUUUAAGUUUUUGUAUUUAUUACAAAUGCAUGAUAAUAUUGUUAUAGUAUGUAUAGUAAAAAUUGCAUUUCGAGCUUAUGUUGUUUAACAAAUUAUUUCAAGGCAAAAUAAAAAGUUACUUGAUA